UUCCACAGCUUCAAGAUCUUGGGAGAACUGACAUACGGCCGGCAGAAGGACUUGCUCUGCUUAUCAGCGGUCAUCAGACUUCAGCAUGAUCACCUCUCAGUUGCUGGCUUAUGUGGCAGUUUCAGUUCUCUGUGUCUUCAGAGUCAGCUCCCGGGAUACGUUUAUUGCAGCUGUUUAUGAACACGCAGUGAUAUUACCUAAUGCCACCCUGAUACCAGUGUCCCAUGAAGUGGCAUUAGCAUUAAUGAACCAAAAUCUGGAUCUUUUGGAGGCAGCAGUCACUUCAGCAGCAAACCAGGGUGCAGAUAUUAUUGUGACUCCAGAAGAUGGUAUAUAUGGCUGGAACUUUAACAGGGAAACUAUCUACCCAUACCUGGAGGAUAUCCCAGACCCUGAAGUCAACUGGAUCCCCUGUAUUAAUCCCAGAAGGUUUGGCUACACCCCAGUGCAAGAAAGACUCAGCUGUCUGGCCAAGGACAACUCUAUCUACCUUGUGGCAAAUAUUGGAGACAAGAAGCCAUGCAAUGCCAGUGACUCUCAGUGUCCCCCCGAUGGUCAUUACCAAUACAAUACUGAUGUGGUCUUUGAUUCCCAAGGAAAACUGGUGGCACGCUACCAUAAGCACAACCUUUUCAUGAAUGAAAAUCAAUUCAAUGUACCCAAGAAGCCUGAGGUUGUGACUUUUGACACUGUCUUUGGAAGAUUUGGCAUUUUCACGUGCUUUGAUAUACUCUUCUAUGAUCCUGCUGUUACUCUGGUGAAAGAUUUCCAUGUGGAUACCAUAGUCUUCCCAACAGCAUGGAUGAAUGUUUUGCCACAUUUGUCGGCUAUUCAGUUCCACUCAGCUUGGGCAAUGGGCAUGAGGGUCAACUUCCUUGCAUCCAAUAUACAUCACCCCUCAAACAGAAUGACAGGAAGUGGCAUCUACGCACCUGAUUCUCCACGAGUAUUUCAUUAUGAUAUGAAGACAAAGAAGGGAAAACUCCUCCUCUCAAAACUGGAUUCUUACCCACACCGCCCUGUAGUGAAUUGGACUUCUUAUGCCAGUAGUAUAAAAGGGUUUUCAACAGGAAAUCAGGAAUUUAAAGGUACUGCCUUUUUUGAUGAAUUCACAUUCUUGGAGCUCACAAGAGUCACAGGAAAUUACACAGUUUGUCAGAAAAAACUCUGCUGUCAUCUAAGCUACAAGAUGUCUGAGAAGAGAACAGAUGAAGUUUAUGCCCUAGGGGCAUUUGAUGGACUACAUAUUGUCGAAGGGUCAUAUUAUUUGCAGAUUUGUACUCUGCUGAAGUGUAAAACAGCAGACUUAAACAGUUGUGGCAGUGCAGUUGAAACUGCUUCUACCUGGUUUGAAAUGUUUUCCCUCAGUGGCACUUUUGGAACCCAGUAUGUCUUCCCUGAGGUGUUGCUAAGUGAAAAUCAGCUUGCUCCUGGAGAAUUUCAGGUGUCAAGUGAUGGACGCUUAUUCAGUGUGAAACCGCCAUCUGGACCUCUCUUGACCGUGACUCUGUUUGGGAGAGUGUACGAGAAGGACCAGAUAUUAAACGCUUCAUCAGACCUCCAGGCACAAACACUAGGAAUAAUGCUCUUAGUCAUAAUACCAAUUGUGUGCUCAUUAAGUUAGUAGAA